AUGUUCAUCCGACCUUCGCCCGCCCUCACCUCGUCGAUCGCCCAGGCGGCUCGCUCCACGCUCCGCUCCCAGGCCGCCCCCAUCCGCGGCUAUGCCACCGAGGCCGGCAAGAACGGCGGCGGCUCGCAGUCCAACCUGCCCCUCGUCCUCGGUCUCGGCGGCCUCGGAGGUCUCGCCGCCUGGUACAGCCUCGGCGGAUUCGACGACCCCAAGAAGGCCUCCAACAAGAUCCAGGAGACUGGACAGAGCGCCAUCAACAAGGCCACCGAGACGGUCCAGGGCGGCGCCCUCAACAAGGACGCCUUCACCGAGUUCACUCUCAAAGAGGUCAAGCCCUACAACCACGACUCGGCCACCUACAUCUUUGAGCUGCCCGACGGCAAGAAGCCCGGCAUGAGCGUCGCCUCGGCCGUCGUCUUCAAGGCGGUCGGCGAGGGCCUCAAGGACGACAAGGGCAAGGACGUCAUCCGUCCCUACACGCCCGUCUCGUCGCCCGACACGGCCGGCCACAUCGACUUCCUCAUCAAGCGCUACGAGAACGGCAAGAUGACCAACUACGUGCACAGCAUGAAGCCCGGCGACAAGAUCGCAAUCAAGGGCCCCAUUGCCAAGUUCCCGUACAAGGCCAACGAGUUUGAGCACAUUGGCCUGGUCGCCGGCGGCAGCGGCAUCACGCCCAUGUGGCAGAUUAUCCAGCAGAUUGCCUCGGACCCGUCGGACAAGACCAAGGCCACGCUCAUCUACGCCAACAAGAGCGAAAAGGACAUCCUGCUGCGCGAAGAGUUUGACAAGCUGGCCGCCAAGGACCCUCGCUUCAAGGUCGUCUACGGCGUCGACCAGAAGCCCAAGGACUUUGACGGCUUCGAGGGCUACGUCACCUCGGGCAUCCUGGGCCACCACCUGCCGCUGCCCGGCCUGGCCAACAAGGCCAAGGUGUUUGUCUGCGGCCCGCCCGGGCAGGUCGAGGCUAUCUGCGGCGGCAAGGGCCCCAAGGGUUCGCAGGGAGAGCUCAAGGGACUGCUGGCCGACCUUGGCUACCAGCCCGACCAGGUGUACAAGUUCUAG